AGGGAAAUGGUUCCAAUAGUUUUAUAGAGCCCCACAGUGGAGGUGUCAUAAUACCCAUAACACCUAGCGGUCAAACAGGGAAAUGGUUCCAAUAGUUUUAUAGAGCCCCACAGUGGAGGUGUCAUAAUACCCAUAACACCUAACGGUCAAACAGGGAAAUGGUUCCAAUAGUUUUUCCACCAUACAUUUUUCCCAUAGGGAAUUGUAGAAACACUUCAAAUAAGGGCUGUAUUCUUGUGGGCAAAUUUUGUCAUCAAACUUUGUCAUCAAAGUCUGGCCUUCUCUGGAUUUAUGGUGCUUUCAUGACAACUUGGAACUCUGAAAAAGCAUCAUUGAUCUUCAGGUCGGAGCUCUAGAAAAGGCCAGAGUCCCCGACUUAGAAUUUAUAGUUGGAUGACGAUUCAAGACCUAUUUUCUCAAAUGUUGUAUAAUGUUUAUGUCCAAUGGCCGAUAAGCACUGAUAUGUUCUAUCUACAAUUUCUCUUCAUAUGACAAGGAUUGAAAAGGAUUUGCCAGUUGGUUCAUGAUGAUGGCUGCUAGCCUGCUAGCUAAGAGUUUGAAACUAUGAUGCUGAUAUGAUCAGUCCAAUCAAAGCUACUGUAGAUAUAACAUGAUGCUGAUAUGAUCAGUCCAAUCAAAGCUACUGUAGAUAUAACAUGAUGUUGAUAUGAUCAGUCCAAUCAAAGCUACUGUAGAUAUAAAAUGAUGUUGAUAUGAUCAGUCCAAUCAAAGCCACGGUAGAUAUAACGUGAUGUUGAUAUGAUCAGUCCAAUCAAAGCCACGGUAGAUAUAACGUGAUGUUCAUUUUAUCUGUGGCCAAUGACCUUGAGCCUUUUGGAUGGACACUUCUAAUGUAACUCUAUGGCAGCAUCCAAUGGGCUUGAAUUUUAGAGAUCUCCCUGUAGAUUUUGAGGUGACAUAGUGUCUCCAUGAGUGACAGAACACAGAGCCAAUCAUGACGCAACUAUUUACUUAUUAUUAUUUUUUGACUGAAUAACAGGUGGGGCUCUGCACCUGAAUAACAGGUUGCCUCUGUUCCAAAGCAGGAACCACUGACUGGCUGCAUGUUCUAAUAUCCAGAUACCUGCUGGUACCUCUUAGGACAGCUGAUGAGGCUAUUAUCCAGAUACCUGCUGGUACCUCUUAACUGGAUGGGACAGCUGACGAGGCUAUUAUCCAGAUACCUGCUGGUACCUCUUAGGACAGCUGAUGAUGCUAUUAUCCAGAUACCUGCUGGUGCCUCUUAGGACAGCUGAUGAGGCUAUUAUCCAGAUACCUGCUGGUACCUCUUAGGACAGCUGAUGAGGCUAUUAUCCAGAUACCUGCUGGUACGUCUUAACUGGUUCUGACAGCUCAUGAGGUGUCCUACCCGCCAUUUUUUUAAAGACAAGACAAAGCUCAUUGCCUUCUUCAUUCAUGCAGAGACGGGCAGCCUGAAGGUCUCCUCAUUGAUUUAGCUGGAAAGGGGAUAAAUUGUGUUUUACAUUGGUAUUCAUAUUACAGUUGACCUUGAAAUAUUAGGUUUUAGUGAUAACCCCUCUGUGUCCAAGGACAAAACUUUUAAAUAUUAUUUUCAUGUGCCUCAAGUAGGCUGGACACAUUCAAUAUUUAACAAACUUUUUUUCUGAUGAAAACUAGUUCAUUGCAACCGCCUUGGAGCCCAGUUUCAUAAUAUUACCUUAUUUGCCUAGCUAUGAAGUAAUCGCGCAGAGUGGGCUGAGGUGAUCUUGGGGAAUAACGUUGGAGUUCGCGACAGUGUUGAGAUGCCGAAGUUUAUUGUUCAGACGAACGACCUGCUAGAUAGCCAAGCUAGUCAGUACAGCUAGGUAAGCUAGCUAGCUACUCUACCAGCAGCAUCCUAGUUGUCCUAGCUAGUCGGUACAGCUAGGUAAGCUAGCUAGCUACUCUACCAGCAGCAUCCUAGUUGUCCUAGCUAGUUGGUACAGCUCGGUAAGCUAGCUAACUACUCUACCAGCAGCAUCCUAGUUACCAUAGCUACCACUACAUCAUCACUGGCUGUCUGCAUUUCUUGUGGACCGAUGGAGCUCCCCGGUUGUUUCUUCCACCUGUUAAAUCCUGUGGAGGGCUUCUCCCUCUCUCGUUGACGGAUGCUGGCUACCUCUGUCCGGUUCUCCUCUCUUCACUAGAUGGACGGAAACUUUGGUGUUUAACCCGUCUGUGUCCAAGGGCCGAACUUUUUAAUAUUAUUUUCGUGGCGCCUCAAGGGUUUAAUUGUUUGUAAAAACUUAGUGGAGAGGUCUCCAUUUUGCCGGGUUUUUUACUUUGUUGUGGAAAUUUCCUCUAUUUACCAAAUCAUGAGAGCAAACCACAUACAAGUCAGAGUUAGUUAUCACAAAGUCCAUCUUUAAUUAUAUGAGCUCUAUCACAACCCUGUGACUCUCAGAUCAAUUCAGUGUCUAUCAAUGAAUUCUCUGAGAGUCCCUUACACAUUGCAGCUGAGAUCAAAAGACACACAUAGCCAGACAGCAUAGGCAUAAUUUAUCGUUCAGCUUUGUCUCCUAAACUAUGUUAUUUUCUCAAACUCAGAACCAUAAACCAAUCCUCCAUAUCAACAGGCAUAUAUCAAAUCCAUCCUAUCAUGACAAGAUCACAGAGACAAACUGACAGACAUUGUGGAGCCAAGAGAUACACGCUUGACCUCUCCCCUCUCUCCGGCCCAAGCAACUUAGUCUGACAUAGAACAGAUCCUGCAACCCCGCCACAGUAUUAUACAAAAAUAACAUUCUGAUGAGAAGUAACUUACAAACAUAUGAUGAAUAUAAAACAUCUUACCUAUGUUACCAACCAAUUCUGAUUAUUCCCCAAUACUUCCAGAAAGUAUUCACACCCCUUGACUUUUUACACAUUUUGUUGUGUUAAAUCCUGAAUUUAAAUGGAUUAAUUCAGAUGUUUUGGGGUCACUGGCCUACACACAACACCCCAUAAUGUCAAAGUGGACUUAUGUUUUAAGAAUUCUUUACAAAAUGUAUUUAAAAUGAAAAGUGAUUAUAUUUCUGGUAUGAGUCCCAAUCAGAGGCAGCUGUUUAUCGUUGUCUCUGAUUGGGGAUCAUAUUUAGCCAGCCAUUUUUCCCUUUGUGCUUUGUGGGAUCUUGACUAUGUAUAGUUGCCUGUGAGCAUUAUUAUAGCUUCACGUUUUGUUUUGCAUUUAUUGUUUUCUUUGAGUUUCACUUCAUAAUAAAGAGGAUGGAACCAUACCACACUGCAUCUUGGUCCACUCAUUAUAAAGAUCGUGACAGUACCAACAACGGACCAAGCAGCGGGCCCAGGAGGAAAGCCAGGAGUGGAGGACAUCCUGGACAUGGGACGAGAUUAUGGCAGGAGACAGGAGACAGAAGCCUGCCAUGGAAGCAGGCGGAGGCAGCGAGGGAUGGACAGCGACGAUGCCAGUGUUCGCGGCCACAACUCAAGCCCAAAAGACAGCCCCAAUUUUUUUUCUUUGGGGGGGCGGCACACGGAGUGGCCGGCGACGCUAAGGGGUGAGUCAGAGACCGAGGAGGAAUAUUGGGACAGAUUGAGCGAGGAGUGGGUGGCGAAAGUUGAGGGGAGUGAACCAGAGACUGUCAGUGAGUUGAGGGAGAAUGUGGAGGAGAAAUGAGAGUUAUUGAAUUGGUGGAGGAUGCACAACAUUUGCCCUAAGGAGCGUGUUAUCGAUUUAAAGCCACCUGAGUCAGCUCUCCAUACUCAUCCUGAGAAGUGUGUUAAAGUUCCGGUACAAUUGAUGCUGGCUAUACGCACCAGGUCUCCAGUACACCUUCCCAGCCCAGUACGUCCUGUGCCUCUUCCUCGUACUCACCGUGUGAAGAGUGUCAUCGUUCCGGUACAGUUGAUGCUGGCUAUACGCACCAGGUCUCCAGUACACCUUCCCAGCCCAGUACGUCCUGUGCCUCUUCCUCGUACUCACCGUGUGAAGAGUGUCAUCGUUCGGUACAGUUGAUGCUGGCUAUACGCACCAGGUCUCCAGUACACCUUCCCAGCCCAGUACGUCCUGUGCCUCUUCCUCGUACUCACCGUGUGAAGAGUGUCAUCGUUCCGGUAAAAUGUGUGCCGGUUCUACGCACCGUGUCUCCAGUGCGCCUCUACAGCCCGGUACGGUACGUUCUGUUCCUGUUCCUCACACUCUCCCUCAAGUGUGCCUUCUCAGUUAGGUACGUCCUGUACCUGCUCACCCUGAGGUGUGCGUCACCAGCCUGGGGCCACCUGUACCCGCCCACGCAUCAGGCCUCCAGUGCGCUCCACAGUCCAGAGCUUCCGGCGACAGUUCCCGGUCCGGAGCCUCUGGUGACGAUCCACGCACCAGAGCCGCCAUUGAAGAUGACGAAUCCACGAGCAGAGUGGGUACUUCGCCCCGCACCGGAGCCGCCCCUGAAGCCCAAUCCAUCAGGAGAGACCAGACUCACCCAGCUGUCUGUCCGUGAAGAGUGACGGGUCUAUGGACCAUUUCUAUGAUUGCGAAGAUGGAGACUUUUCUGCAUUUACAGGUCCAAUCAAGCAGGAGAGACCAGCCUCCCUGUUCCCAGCUGUGUGUCCAUGAAGAGUGACUGGUCUAUGAGUCAACCUAUACAGUUUAGAGAGGGAGAUUUUUCUACUGAACAAAGAAACCAACAGGAGAGAUCAGAGUCAGAGAUUCUCAGUGGUCAGUCUUCCCAGAGUCAUCAAACAGACCUGGACUCCAUAUUUAGUAUGCUUGAAGAUAAUAUAAUAACAUUUGUGAAGAACGAGCUGAAGAUGUUCAAGAGGAUUCUUAGUCCAGAACUCCCAGACGGCUUUGAGAGUCAGAAGCAGGAUAAGGAAGUGGUGGAUGCUGAAGAUGAGAAGCAGGAGAGCAGUGCCAGAGAGGGGGCUCUGAAGAUCACACUGCACAUCCUGAGGAAAAUGAACCAGAAGGAGCUUGCUGACACACUGGAGAAAUAUUCAGAUGAGCUCGCUGUGAUUUGCCAACUUGAACUCAAAUCUAAUCUAAAGAAGAAGUUUCAAUGUGUAUUUGAGGGGAUCGCUAAACAAGGAAACCCAACACUUCUCAAUAAUAUCUACACAGAGCUCUACAUCACAGAGGGUGGAACAGGAGAGGUCAAUAAUGAACAUGAGCUGAGACAGAUUGAGACAACAAACAGGAAAAAGCAAGACCAGAGACUGCAAUAAAAUGUAAUGACAUCUUCAAACCCUUAACGGGACAAGACAAACCUAUCAGAACUGUGCUGACAAAGGGAGUCGCUGGCAUUGGAAAAACAGUCUCUGUGCAGAAGUUCAUUCUGGACUGGGCUGAAGGAAAAGCAAAUCAGGAUGUCCAAUUUGUAUUUUCAUUCCCUUUUCGGGAGCUGAAUUUGAAGAAAGGGGACAAACACACUUUCAUUGAACUUCUCAAUCACUUCUCAAUGGAAACCAAACAAUCAAUCUCCAACUUCGACAAGUACAACGUUCUGUUCAUCUUUGAUGGUCUGGAUGAGUGCCGACUGCCCCUAGACUUCCAGAAGAACAAAAUCUGUUGUGACGUCACAGAGUCAACCUCAGUGGAUGUUCUGCUGACAAAUCUCAUCAGGGGAAAUCUGCUUCCCUCUGCUCUCCUCUGGAUAACUACCCGACCUGCAGCAGCCAAUAAGAUCCCUUCAGAAUGUGUUGACCAGGUGACAGAGGUACGAGGGUUCAAUGAACCACAGAAGGAGGAGUACUUCAGGAAGAGAUUCAGUGAUGAGGACCUGGCCAGCAGAAUCAUCUCACACAUAAAGACAUCAAGGAGCCUCCACAUCAUGUGCCACAUUCCAGUCUUCUGUUGGAUUUCUGCAACAGUCCUUGAACACAUGCUGAAACAUAAGAGAGAAGAGAUGCCCAAGACUCUGACUGAGAUGUACACACACCUUGUGGAGUUUCAUACCAAACAGAAGAAUGAAAAGUAUCUUGGGAAUGAAGAGACAGGUCCACACCGGAAUAAAGAGAGCAUUCUGUCACUGGGAAAACUGGCUUUUCAACAGCUUUUGAAGGGCAAUCUGAUUUUCUAUGAAGAAGACCUGAAAGAGUCUGGCAUUGAUGUCAAUGAAGCCUCAGUGUACUCAGGAUUGUGCACACAACUCUUUAAAGAGGAAUGUGUGCUGUACCAGGACAAGUGUACUGCUUCGUACAUCUGAGCAUUCAGGAGUUUCUGGCUGCUGUAUAUGUGUUCCUCUCAUUCAUCAACAACAAUGAGAAUCUAAUGGACAAACUGCAAACAAACGACGAGCCUGAAAUUGCUUUCUACAAGGGUGCUGUCGAUAAAGCCUUACAAAGUGAGACGGGAAACCUGGACCUUUUCCUUCGCUUCCUUCUGGGCCUCUCACUGGAGUCCAAUCAGAAGCACUUACGAGGUCUACCGACAAAGACAAGAAGCAGCCCACAGAGCCAUGAAGAAACAAUCAAGUACAUCAAGGAGAAGAUCAGGGAGAAUCCCUCUCCAGAGAGGAGCAUCAAUCUGUUCCACUGUCUGAAUGAACUGAAUGACCAUUCUCUAGUGGAGGAGAUCCAAAGAUACCUGAGAUCAGGAAGUCUCUCUAAGUUCAAACUGUCACCUGCACAGUGGUCAGCUCUGGUCUUUGUGUUGCUGACUUCAGAAAAGGAGCUGGUUGUGUUUGACCUGAAGAAAUACUCCAGAUCAGAGGAAGGUCUUCUGAGGCUGCUGCCAGUGGUCAAAGCCUCCCGAGCUGUUCUGCUGUCAGGCUGUGGAGUCACAGAGGAAGGCUGUGCUUCUCUGGUCUCAGCUCUGAAGUCAAACCCCUCACACCUGAGAGAGCUGGACCUGAGUAACAAUGACCUGAAGGAUUCAGGAGUGAAGCUGCUCUCUGCUGGACUGGGGAAUCCCCACUGUAAACUGGAGACUCUGAGGCUGUCAGGCUGUCUAGUCACAGAGGAAGGCUGUGCUUCUCUGAUCUCAGCUCUGAGGUCAAACCCCUCACACCUGAGAGAGCUGGACCUGAGCUACAAUCACCCAGGAGACUCAGGAGUCAGACUGCUCUCUGCUGGACUGGAGGAUCCACACUGCAGACUGGAGAAACUCAAUGUGGAACAUGGUGGAGAGAACAGAAUGAAACCUGGACUUAGAAAAUAUGUCUGUGAUCUCACACUGGACCCAAACACAGUAAACAGACUCCUCUCUCUGUCUGAGGAGAACAGAAAGGUGACAUGUAGGAGAAAGAAGCAGCCGUAUCCUGAUCACCCAGAGAGAUUUGAGAACUGUGAACAGGUGAUGUGUAGAGAGGGUCUGACUGGGCGCUGUUACUGGGAGGUAGAGAGGAGUGGGAGAGGGGCUGGUAUAGUAGUGACAUAUAAAGGAAUCAGCAGGAGAGAAGGGGGUAAUGACUGUGGUCUUGGAUGGAAUGGCAAGUCCUGGAGUUUGGUCUGCACUGACAACCGUUACUAUGCCUGGCACAAUAAAAAUCGGACUACCAUAGACGUCCGCCCCUCCAGCCCCUACAGAGUAGGAGUGUAUCUGGACUGGCCAGCCGGCACUCUGUCCUUCUAUAGAGCCUCCUCUGACACACUGACCCACCUGAUCACAUUCACCUCCACAUUCACUGAGCCCCUCUAUCCAGGGAUUAGGGUUUGGGGUGAUGACUCCUCAGUGUCAAUAAUCACCUGACACACAAACUGGACAAACACACACACACACUGACCCACCUGAUCACAUUCACCUAUAUAUCCCUCUAUCCAAACAUACACUGGACAAACAACAGUUUCAGUAAAUAAUAACUUGACACAUUCGGAUUAUGAUGAUGGCGACUCAGUGACACACACACACACACACACACACACACACACACACACACACACACACACACACACACACACACACACACACAACACACUGACA